GACUUCCAAUGCUGUGAAAUAAUGUGAUAGGGGAGCAAGAGAACGGGGAUUUUUGACCAUAUAACGGUACUGCCGGGAGAAAACAACUGUUUUCACCUGAUAUGGAAUACAAGUUUUUUCAGAAGGAAACAGUUGUUCAAAGUGACACUUCAUCAAUCGUAUUGGACUAAACAUCCCAGGUUCAGUCAUGCACAGCAUGUCAGUCACCUUCGACCUCUCCAUACUGUUGGCUGUGCUCCUGUUGUGGGGGCCUAUGGAGUCCAGGGGCCAGAACGACACAGAGCCCAUCAUCCUUGAGGGGAAAUGCUUGGUCGUGUGUGACUCCACUCCUUCAUCCGAGCCCUCCGGUAACGCCCUGGGCAUGUCUGUGCGUUCCGGCUCCGGCCGGGUGGCCUUCUCCGCCAGCCGCCAGACCAACCACGAGCCCACGGACAUGAGCAACCGCACCAUGAUCAUUUACUUUGAUAACAUUUUGGUGAAUGUCGGCACUCAUUUUGACCAAGAGAGCAGUGUCUUCCUGGCGCCAAGAAGAGGCGUGUACAGCUUCAACUUCCAUGUUGUAAAGGCCUACAAUAGACAAACUAUUCAGGUCAGCUUGAUGUUGAACGGCUGGCCAAUGAUUUCAGCUUUCGCAGGGGACCAGGACGUGACCAGAGAAGCCGCCACUAACGCCGGGCUGGUGAUUAUGGAGAAGGGGGACAAGGUCUACCUCAGACUGGAGAGAGGCAACCUGAUGGGAGGCUGGAAGUACUCCACUUUCUCCGGCUUCCUGGUCUUCCCCCUGUGAGGGAGGAGGUUGAGGUGUUGGAAGAGUGACAGGAGCAGAAUUGAAUAGAGCAGUAGUGAGAAUGAAUUGGAGAAAAAUUAAACGUGGUGGGAGAAAAGAAAGGCUUCAAUCUGUAAGCAUUUAUACAGCGCAUGGAAGGAUGUGCUUAUGCAAAAAUGAGAUGAAGAUUGUGUAAAUUAAAAAUAAUUAUCAUUUGAGAGCAAAAGAAGAGGAGAAGAUUCAGUAAACAAUGAUAUACCUGUGGAUUUCAUUUGCUCUGUUUCUGUGUAUACAUAUUUGUUGAGAUACCUUAUUGUGACUAAAUUAUGAAGUAGCCAUGUGGGCUCCUGUGCUGAGAUUAUAUUUAUUUAAGUGUUUGAAACAUUGCUGUGCCCCACAUGGCAUCCUGUCAGCUAAAAUACUUGCCCUUUAAUCUGUCGUGUGGUAUGUCUGAUGCUCCUCUAUGUAUAUGCCUGUUCGUUACCUGCAACAUGUUUAUUUACACAGAUAUUUCUAUUGAGGAGAAAA